GUUCGCGGAGCGUUUGGGCGCUGAUCGUGUAGUCCUUGGUCGCGAGUUGAGCAUCAAAGAAAUUGCAUCAGUUGCAGCAGACGUGGGGGAUUUGGAGGUUGAGGUCUUUGUGCAUGGUGCCCUGUGCGUUUCCUACAGCGGCCAGUGCUUCUCCUCUGAAGCCUGGGGUGGCCGCUCCGCAAACCGUGGGCAAUGUGCGCAAGCGUGUCGAUUGCCAUAUGGUUUGGUGAAGGAUGGAGAAUUGAUCGAUUUGGGUGAUGCAGUGCGCUACUUGCUGUCCCCACAGGACCUCAUGGCCUUGGACUACGUGCCAGCCUUGAUCGAUGCGGGCGUUGGUUGCUUCAAGAUUGAGGGGCGGCUCAAGGGUGAGGAGUACGUGGCCUUGACAACAGCCGCAUACCGCCAAGCCAUAGAUCAAGCCUGGGAUGCCACAGCCACAGCAUGGGAGGAGACACCCGCAGCACAGCUGUUGGCAGAGCCACAGACUGCCCGCACUGCGCUGGCGCAGCUCUUCGCACGAGGGCAGGACGAAGAGCACGAUGGACUUUCGCCUGGAUUCUUGGAAGGUCCCCAGCACCAACGGCUUGUUCGUGGCAUUGCACCAAAGCAUCGGGGUGUUUUGGUGGGCACCGUGUGUGCAGUGCAGAGUGCCACGGCAUCCUUUGCAUUGAAGCUGGCUCCUGGUGCUGUCAACGUGCCCUUGCGACCAGGCGCUGGCAUUUUCUUCGAUCAAAAUGUUGGGCUCGGAGAAGAUGCUGAUGUUCUAGGAGGAAAAGUCGCAAAACUUCGGAAAUCUGGCGCGGGUGGUGUGCUUGCUUCGAGCGCUGAGCUUCAAAGCGGCGACAUGCUUUUGGUUCGUUUGGAUUUCGGAGGGAAGGAGCGGAGUCGACGCAUGGAAGAGGUGAAAGUAGGAGAUUUGGUGUGGAGAAACAAAGACGAGAUGCUUGAAGAGCAGGUCAAAGAGCUCUCAUUGGUGAACCAGUUCAUCUUCGAGCAUCUGCCAGAGCCGGAAGCCGAACGCUUCGAGGAGCUGCAGCCGGGCCAUCCUGCCACCAUGGCACGGCUGCAGCGCCUCGUUGGCAGCGCCGGCAACACGUUGGGCCAGGUGCUGCCAGCGACGCUCCCGCGGCUCACGGUGCUGUGCCGCACCGCGCAGCAGGCGGAGGCCGUGUUGCGGCUGCCACCAGGCAUGGUCUAUGAACUCCAACUGGAUUUCCUCGAAGCCCAGGGCCUCCAUGAGUCAGUGCAAAGGGCACGAGCAGCCCAGCAGCGUGUGGCCGUGUGCCUCCCAAGAAUUUUGAAGCCCAACGAGGACCGCUUGUGGCAAUUCUAUCAGCGCCUGGAAGCGGAUGCCAUGUUGGUCCGCAGUUGUGGCGCCCUGAACCAGCUGCUGAGCAGCGAGAGCAAGACGGAUGCAGAACUCAUUGGGGACUUCAGCCUCAAUGCCGCCAACGCAGUCACCGCCGCCUUUUUUCUGGGCGUUGGAUUGGAUCGACUGACGCCGAGCCACGAUUUGAGUGCUCAGCAGAUUUGCCAAUUGGCAAAGAGACUGGGACCAGAGCGGGCCGCAAAGUUGGAGGUGGUUGCGCACCAGCACCUGCCCAUUUUUCACACAGAGCACUGCGUGUUCUGUCGCUUCCUGAGCAAUGGCAACGACUACACAGAUUGUGGGCACCCAUGUGAGCGCCACAACUUGCACUUGAGGGAUUCAAAUGGAAAGGACCACAAGGUGGUGGCUGACAUGGGCUGCCGCAACACCGUCUUCAACGCCAAAGCUCAGUCUGCAGCCAUGGACCUGGCAGCCUUUGCCUCAGCACAGGUGGGAUUCUUCCGCCUGGAGCUGGUGGAUGAAGUGCCGGAAGCCGUGGAGACCUUGGUGCGGCGCUACCACUCAGCUGCUUCGGGACGCCUUCCUGCAGAGAAGUUGUGGAGCUAUGUGGCCAGCUUGAGUGACUCCAAUGGUCGUCGCCAGGGCGUAGAGCGAGGCUCCCUAGACGAUUCCACGUGGCGAGAACAAGACUUUCGGGAAAUGAAGGACCGCUUGGCGAUGGUAAACGCAUUCCAGACCCCUGCUAUGGCGGCACGGAUAAAGGCCACCGCAAGCAGCGAGUCCAACAUUGUUCCAGAAGAACUGGCCCAGGGGGAGCAGAAUGCCCACACUGGAGCGAAUGCAAUUGCUGUGAGAUCUGUGAGUGGUGCAAACGCUGCACCAUCUGCUGAGAGGAUAGACAGCAUUGAGGUGGCGGGGGCUGCCACCGAACCCCAGGGGCAGUUUGUCACAGAGGGCAGGACGACUCUUUCCGAUGACGGAAACGCACACGCUGGUCUCCCAGUUCCACUCCACAAGGGCCGCCAUCUCAUGGCGAGACCAGCCUCGGGAAUUCUGGAGCUGCGAGCCAACCUGCUGGGCCUAGUGGCACGCAGCAAGCCAGCUCUCAUUCUGGGAGGCAUCGAGGCCAGGAAAGGUGAACUUCAGAAUCAUGGCUUGACAUUGGUCAUCAACAUGGAUCAUUUUCCUAGGGAUGCCAUUUGCAGUGCAGCUGCGCCACCACCCAGUGGACCCAGUACCUGUGGCAGUGGGAGCGGGGCGUUGAGCAAGCGGCGAAAUAGCAGCCCUGCACCAAGACAAGCUACCGAUGCUGGUGGCGGCAUGGGCGGCAUGGGUGGCGGCUUGCAGUUGAGUGGCGUAAAGGCAGAGUUGAGCUCUCACCAGCAGAGACCUGCAAGCGGCAAGAGGCAACAAGCGAGCAAAUCACCAGAAACAGUGCAAACGCAUGACUACCUGAGACGCGGAGCUUCGCGCAUCGCCAGUGGUGCCAGUGGCCGGCCUCGCAGCAGAUCCCGGGGCCGGGAGGAGCUGCGUGCGGAAGGCCGACAUGUUGAGAUGAGCGGAAUCGACGGGCUACCUGGACAUUACACUGGAAAUCAAGAGUAUGAUGGGAGCCGCGGGCUCAGAUCAAUGGGAAACAAGGGCAACCAAGCAGCAUCCGGAAACCCGAACGCUUCUCAAGCUGGCAAACAUCCCGACCAAGCAAGCACUUCUACGU